AUGACGCUCUUCGUCGGUUGGAAGCGAGAUGCUAUUGACGAUGGCGUCUCAAAUCCAAGGGGCGAGAUCAACGCCAUUCUUUCUAUUGCGUUCGCCUGCCUCUCAUUCGUCUUGGUCUCGCUGAGGCUUCUUGUAAGGUGCAUUGUCAAUAAAUUGGCGGGGCCCGACGAUUACCUGAUCGUCGGAUCAAUGUGGUUCUUCGCAGCCCAGCUUAUCUACAAAGUCGCCACUUGCUUGACGAAGCUGUCCAUUCUCGCGCUUUAUCUGCGAAUAUUCCCAGACCGAAAGUUUCGAAUAUCCACAUGGGUCGUUGGAGCCAUCGUUAUCGCAUACACUUUGGCGGCUUGCCUUGUCACAGUAUUCUCGUGUAAUCCAAUUCAUAAGGCCUGGGACAAGAAAGUUGAUGGAAAAUGCGUCGACAUAAUCCAAGUGUGGUAUUCUACUUCAAUUAUGAUCAUCAUAACUGAUGUGAUGAUCAUAUUACUUCCUCUGAACCAGAUCCGGCAUCUCCAACUGCCCUUUGUCCGGAAGCUACUGCUCUCAGGGGUCUUCAGUCUAGGCAUAUUCGUGAUUGUGUGUACAAUUGUUCGAAUGUGCACUGUCUCGCCUAAGACCACAGCUCAAGAUCAAAUUUACUAUCAAGCAACGUCGAAUAGCUGGACUUUCCUCGAAGUAAACGUCGGUAUCAUAUGUGCUUGUCUCCCUGUCCUCAGAAUGCCCAUGAGGAAGCUCUUACACCCCUUCAGGACCCAGCGAACCACGGUUACAGGCACCCGAACAAACGACCACCAGCUCAGGACGAUCGGCCAGGUGCCUUCCCGAGGGACAAACAAAAGUAUGCGACACGACGAUGACAGUUUUGAGGAGCUCAUCUUGCAAAACAAUCCUAAAGAGCACGGAAAACUGAGUGCGCUCGUGUUCCAGCUGGACGACAUCCGAUGUGGUUGGAUGCCACCCCAGAUCAGACAGUGGAGUUCGUGUCUGAAAGCAUUUCCGGAAAAGGGCUUCUCUGGGAAGUUUGCCCUGCCACAAGUUGCGAACAGCAUAUCAUGGUUAAGAGAUGAGAUCAAGUUACCCAACUUAACAAUGCUUUCCAUGAAGUUAGUGAAGUUGCUUCAUGAAGGGCCAGAGGUAAUCAGGAAGAAGUUCGAUACCAAUUUCUCCAGGUCAAUUGACACCAGCAACAAGUACUACAGCGAUGACUCUAUCCACAGCAGAAAUCAACAAGUCAUCCCGAUCGUCACAAACGAAAGCAACGCUGACAGCCCCAGGGCUGAUCCCAAGACACGCAUCCCAACUAUCACACUCAACGACAAUGACGUGCCUCUAAUACCAUCCUACUCUACAAACUCUGACACCUACGUCGACAUACCAGACAGUAUCCCAUUGCUGGACCUCCAUCCCCUCAGGGCAAACCCGAUAGCCUGGGCGACACCCAUCUACACCCAAGCCAACAUACAGGUCCAGAAGCACUCAGAGACACGAGCCACUUGCAUGAAACCCCCUACUUUUCGAGUAAUAAUAGUCGGUGGCGGCCCCAAUGGCCUAGCCUUAGCCCACGCCCUCCAUCUGGCCGGAAUCGACUACACCCUCCUGGAGCGCUCGCCCACCAUCCUCACCGAUGAUGGCACCCCUCUCGCCUUGUGGCCAAACUCGGUGCGCAUCCUAGACCAGCUGGGCCUCCUCAAUGAGGCGUGGAAGCACGCAGUUGACAUGCGCAUCAAGCACAAACACCGAGCGGACGGAUCUCUGCGCGACUCCAGCGACGUAUUCGUGCGUGUUGAGGAGAAACACGGUCACCCAUGGAUGCUGCUCGACCGCGCCACGCUGCUGCGGAUGAUGUGGGAGGCACUGCCGGAGAGGGAAGAGCGGAUUCACACAGGGAGGGAGGUGGUCUCUGUCGAGACGUAUGCGAUGGGUGUGCGUGUAACUUGUGCGGAUGGGGGCGUCGAAGAGGGCUCGAUUGUUGCUGGGUGCGAUGGGGUGCACAGCCUUGUCCGGGAGGCUGUGCUUGACCUGCGCGCGGCGAAGAAGAAAAUUGCGAAUAGGCUCAGCCUCAUGAGCCACGGCAGCGGUGGGAGCAAUGGUGGCAAGGUGGACAGUCCCAUGAUGGCGAAGUACUACAGUCUGAUCGGGUCGGUCUCCUUGAUGGACGGGCUCGAGCCUGGUACCUGUUACGAGACGAGGAGCGAUCCUGAGGGCAAGACGUUCCAGAUUCUUGCGGGUGAGGACACGGCGUACUUCCUCGUCUUCAUCCGGCUGGACAAGCCCACCUGCGAUCGGACAGCCUACACAGACCAAGACGCAGAGCAGCUCGCCACCGCCCUCGCAGAGCACCCAGUAACAGACAAGAUCAAGUUCGGCAACCUAUGGCGUGUAAAGCGGAGUGGCAAGAUGUUGAAAUUCCACGAAGGCCUUAUAGAAAAGUGGUAUCACCAGCGGAUAGUGCUGGUAGGCGACGCAGCGCACAGUCCGCGACCACACAUAGGCCUCGGGGUCAACACAGGUUGGCAGGGCGUGGCGGAGCUGACGAACGGUGUACGGCGACUCCUGCUCAGGACCGAGGGCGGCUACAGCCCAGGCACGGCCAGCAUCAAGCGAGUGUUCAGGGAGUACCAGGAGCGACGCGAGGACCUGGCCAGGAGCGCGGUGCAGCUGUCGGCGCUGUACGCGCGGGCGGUCGCCGACCGGGGCUUGCGGUCCAGGUUCUACGACUGGGCCGUGCCGGCCAUCGCUGGGGACAUUGUCAGGUCGGGGAUCAUUCUGGACUUUGUGGACGAGGAGAACUAUAGGGAGGGCAGAGAGAAGUGGACACACCCACGGCGCAGGGUUGGUGUUGCUUCUACUGAUGAGGCUGAGGAGCGUAUGGGGCGACUUGCAUGGGUGUAUCCAGGUAUCCCGAUCAGUAUCAGGGCUACCUGA